AAUAAACAACUGUUGCUGUUACAUUCCCACCAAUUUAUACUAGGUGGUGUCAUUUUGUGAACAAGCAUGGAGAAGCACAAUUCCUCAAUGCCACCGCCACGUCGCCACCGAAGCGGCGCAGAGUACCCAAUUCCCGGUCAACUGAUGGUUGCGCCGCCCUCCACCGCCACCAUUACUCCGUACAGCCCUUUGUCAUCAAGGUUUAAGUUACCCCCUGGUUGGGGUAUUGAAGAAGUGCCUCGCUCUAAAGGCGAUCGAGUUGACAGGUACUACUAUGAGCCUGGGACUGGGCUAAAGUACAGAUCAUUGAGAGAUGUCGAGCGGCGCUUGAAUGGUGAAAUGUUUUCUCCUAGAACCAGGGCAUCAGGAGCGAGAAACUAUCCUAAGGCAAGUAGUUCUCUAUCUCGGAAGAUGAUCAUCUACGAUGGAAAGAUCAUGUGUAUGGAUGAAGAGCAGUUGAAUGAAUGGGCAAUUGUGCCAUCAACAAGUGCAGACACCUUACCCUAUGAUCUUCCUGAUGGCUGGGUGAUAGAAGAGGUACCACGUAGAGACGGAAGCAUGGUGGAUAAGUAUUACUAUGAACCAGAAACUGGACAAAAGUUUAGAUCCAGAAUAGCAGCACAGAGAUACUUGGCGGAAAUGAGAGAAAAUGUUCCUUUGUCUUCUACUCUAGAAGAAUUAAAAGAGAAUAAACCACUAUCCAAGAUGUUUAAGUUGUACCAUCAUGCAAAGAAAUCUCUUCCUUGUAGGAGGAACAUCGUUCGAGAGAAUUCAGAGAAAUCCUCGUUUCUUUCUCCACCAGAAAAAUUAAAUUGGGUUCUUUCUAGUCCUAGAGGGGAUGCUUGGAAUCCUUUCAUUGCUGGAACACCAAUUCCUGAUUCAGUAAAACAGCAAUGGACUAAAAGGUUCAUGUUGUUCAUGAAUGACGAGAACCUGAAUGCAGAAAACUCAGACUAGAAAGGCGUUAAACAGAGAGUCCAAAAAGAAUGCAUUUGGUAACAGUUGUUUACAUUGCAAGAAAGCUCGGACUGCUUCUGACCUAUUGAGAGAAUUGCGUGCUAAAUCUUGUACAUACAGACAUCAUGCAACUCCUUUUCACAUUGCUGUCUAACCACCGUACAGAAUCUGUUGUCCUGUUAAUUUUGUGUUUGUUCAUGCUCUAAAUGUGUCUUAUAAUAAUUCAACAACUUUUUUCCAUAGUACAUGUUCAAGUAUGAAUAUACAAUUAAAGUUUGCAGGUUCAGUUGACAA